AGUGCUGGUUCGACAACCUGCCCAGUGUCUGUGCCCACUCGCGCUAUGUGGACGUCCCCGGGACCCUAGCGCAGUACACACCUGUGUACGUUUACUUUGGUGCCAGUGCAAUAUUGUAAACUGCAGCAUAAUGCAAAGCUUGUACGAUUAUCAAGAAGAUGACUGUCCAUGGUAUUACUUUGAUAGUUCGUAUAAAACUUUAUUAGGGAGUUGUCUUUUUGUUUUCGGAGUAUUCGGGGUGCUGCUCAACGGCUGGCUUUUCAUCACCUUCAUCCACAGUCACCUGCUAACCUUCAGGAGCCAUAUUCUAGUGCUAAAUCUUUGCUCGGCGUGUCUCGGCAGGAAUUUGCUCGGAUUUCCUUUCGCGGGGGCCUCAGCGAUAACAAAACGAUGGUUAUUUGGAUCAGCGUGCUGUCAAUUCUUCGCAUUUUUAAAUCAAUUUUACGGUGUCUUUCAAAUGACUGCAUUACUUGUUAUUAUUCUAGAGCGAUACCUUCUAGCAAAGUUCUACAGACGUGAGAGGAUUCUGCACCUACGAUUAUACUAUAUCCUCGUGGGUGUAUGUUUCGUGAACGCCGCAGUGUUCGCGACGCCGCCGCUAUUCGGUUACGGGCUAUACUCCUGCGACCCGACCGGGACCGUGUGCACGUUCUUCUGGCCCUCGGGAACCUCUGGUGCCAAACAGAUAGGAUACACAGUGCCCUACGUUAUCCUUUGUGGAGUGAUACCGGUCAUUGGCAUUUUCUACUACACGGGUAAAGCCGUUCGACUAGAAACUAUUUAUUACAGAAGUGAACAACAAAAAGAACAAAAAAGAUUAACGAAGAGUGUUCACGUCCUCACAAUAUCCACGCUGGCGCUAUGGAUCCCCAGCGCAGUCUUGGCAGGGUACCAGUGGUUCCCGGCUUUGGUCCUGAGCUACCGAAGCCACGUACCACCAACAUUGGCGCUUAUAGCGCCCAUUGCAUCAGAGGCGGCGACCAGCAUCCCCGUGCUGUGCUACCUGUUCGCGGACGAGCGGCUGCGCGCGGCGCUGCUCGGCCGCGUGCGGCGGCACUACGCGCUGCUGAGGCCAGACCGCGCCAAACGCUUCCAGGCAUAGGUGGAAUAACCCAGGGCAAUCCAUAUUUUAAAGGAAACCUGAUGACUACGAAAGCACCAAGCUGCUUCGACUAGACUCGCUGUGCGCUUCCAGACCCAACCCGCCAGUAUGGCAUGCACUAGAUCUCGGUGGAAGCCUUUACGGGUGUAAUCCAAUUUGCUGCGUAGUUGUGUUGAUGACAGCGAAUGACCAGGCUACUUUGAACAGAACGCAAUAAAUGGCUUUAGGCCAGUAAGGCAUGCUCUAGAUUGCAAGGGAAGUUUUUGAUAAUUCUGUUGUGUAGAUGUAAUUACUGUGAUACUUAGCGCAUGACCAUCAGGCUGCUUCAACCAGAUCGUGCGAAGAAUUUCCAGGUCUAACCCUUAAUAAAUGUUUUUGUGAAGGAACACCGCGAGUGUAAGUGUUUUGAGUUGGUAUUUACCUACCUUUAAAAUACCCAAGUGCUCAGCUGUAAUGUUGCCAGCAUGUGUAAGAACUUGAUGACAAAAUGGACAAAAUGUGUCAGUAUCCUGUCGGUUAGGUAACCUGGUAAGAUCCAGGGCAAAUUUUGCGCUCUUGAAUUUGAAACUUUGUUUUAUUUCAAAAAUAAUUCAAAGCAUAAAUUGAACUUGUACUUGUACAAAUUCCCGAGAACUUAAAUACGAGGCUAAUGCGCAAAUUCUUCCAAGGAUUCCAGGAAUAAGUCACGACCAGUAGCUUGAUGGAGUGAUAUUGUGUGCAUGUUACUUUGUAAAGAAUGAGAUCCAUUUCCUGAGACUUUCGGUCCUUAUUAUAAACACUGCCAUUUUAUUACUUAAAUACUGAGUUGGAUAUUUAAAUUGUCUAUAAUUAUUUAUAUGCCUAAUUAAAAUAAUUCUUCAUGUUG